UGGCAACCCAGAGACAUUCUUAAGCUUUGAUAUGGUUAUAAACGCUUAUUAACUUUCGCUGUUAGAACAAAAACAAACGCUUUUUUUUAUCAUUAUCGAUACGCUUAAGUGCUUUGUGACUUUUCUACUAGCAGACUGUUGUGGUCAUGUUGUAGGAGGCGUCAGUGUGUUGAGGAGGAGGAGAAAAGAAGGAAACGAAAGCUAACUUCAGUUCAGAGAUUUACUGUGUUCAGUGUGUUGUGUUGAAAGCGAAGCGGUUUGUAUCCGGUGUGUUCAGUGCGUUACUUUGUUACAAUGCAACCAGAACAUCAGAGACGUUCAUCAUCAGAUCUGCUGUGUUGUCUGUGUAAGAGAGCAGAUGAGACAGAUAUCACAGGCCCCCUGUCCUGUAAACAUGGCACUGCUGCCCACCAGAACUGCCUGCUGUAUGCAUCUGGAAUCUACUGUAAAAAUUCUCCCACCUACGAUGACUUGUUUGGCUUUGAUGUGGAUGAUGUGGAAAAUGAGGCACGAAGAGGAAGAAAAUUAAAAUGCCACUUCUGUAGUAAGACUGGAGCUACAGCUGGGUGUGAAGUUCGAUCCUGUAAGCGCUCAUACCAUUUCCCCUGUGCCCACAAGGCUCAGGCCGUACAUGUGGAGGACACAAAGAGUGGACUCUUCAGGUUAUAUUGUGCAAAGCAUAAUCCAGAUACCUGCAAUGUUGAAAAUAAUAGAGAUGGAAAAGAAAAAGAUGCUGAAUCAUUACCUUCUUCUUCUGACGCUAAAAGCUCAAAGGACAACAAUCACAGAGGAUCUGAGGAAAAUGAGAUGUUACGGAGAAGGAAAAGGAGCUAUAACGAAGUCUAUUCUGACUCCGAUGAAACUGAUAUGGAUUGUGCACCAAUAGAAUCAGACUUUGAGGACAACACACCUCCAGAUAAGAAUAAGCAGCCGGCGCUCGACUCUGAACACAGAAGCAAGCAGCACAGAAAAGUAGUUACUUUUGCUGAUGACGACAUGAACAGAGAUUCGGUUUUAGUGUCCAAGUGCCUGAUAGAAUUGUACCACGAAGACAAUGUUCCAUUCACCGUUAUUACAGAUUCAGGAACUUCUGUUGAAUCAGUUACAGAGAACAGCCCAGAACCCUUGUGCUCCUCUCCACCAAGCCCAGCAGACACUGGUUUGAGUAAGAUGGAUAAGUCUUUCUGUGCCUCAGCAGACGACAUCAUCGUUUCACCAAACCCACAUUUGCCUACCAGUCCAUCUCCAGACUCCCCUCCACUCGAAAUCUUGAAAGAAAUCUUGAAUAAAGAAGUUUCAGUGAAAAUUGAACGUUGUGCAUCUCGGAAUGAACCUCCUUUACAAAUGAGCUUCCAUGAUGAGACACCAGGAUCUCACUCAAAGCGCCCUCACGAUCGUCCACUAGACCUUACAUCUCCAGGAGGGUGCAGUCAGAUCCCUGACCCCGUAGGCGACGUGGGCGUUUCGGACUCAGCUGCCGCUCUCUUCUGGAGGAGAUGUAACGAGGUGGGCUGCACGAAGGCCAUAUUCACACAGCUCACACGACAGCUCUCUAGCUUGGCUGAGAAGGUGAAGAAUCAGCACGCCACACAACAGGAUCACGCCGUCUCUCUCAGGAUCCUGGAGGCAUCUGGAAGGCUCCCUGAUAUAUUCAGACAAAUGGAGCAAGACUUCGAAGAUCAAGAAAGACAGCUGAAGAGAAAGAGACAGGCGUUAAGGGACGCCAAGGCCGUGCUCGACGAGAAUCGGUUUAAUUAACGCUUUUUUAAUCAAUUUGUUAACAACUUCCUAUCCUCUAUCUACAGUCUGUUUUUCUAUAUUUGUUUAUUAUAUGGGGGCACGGUGGCGUAGUGGUUAGAACGUUCGCCUCACACCUCCAGGGUUGGGGGGUGAGUGAAUGAGAGUGUGUGUGUGCCCUGAGAUGGGUUGGUAAAUAUAUGGUAACGUUAUGAUGUGUGACAUACAGAAGGAUGAUUAUUAACAACAGGCCAAAAACUCCAUAAAAGAUCAUUUGCCCAAACAGCUAGGGGAACAAAUUCAGGGUAAAGGUGCAAUUUAGGAGUAAUUUUGAGUCACUUUGAUGACAUAUAGCACAUGUCAUCAGGUUAGCACAUUCGCCUCACACCUCCAGGGUUGGGGGUUCGAUUCCCGCCUCCGCCUUGUGUGUGUGGAGUUUGCAUGUUCUCCCCAUGCCUCGGGGGUUUCCUCCGGGUACUCCGGUUUCCUCCCCCGGUCCAAAGACAUGCAUUGUAGGUUAAUUGGCAUCUCUGGAAAAUUGUCCGUAGUGUGUGAGUGAAUGAGAGUGUGUGUGCCCUACGAAGGGUUGGCACUCCGUCCAGGGUGUGUCCUGCCUUGAUGCCCGAUGACGCCUGAGGCACAGGCUCCCUGUGACCCGAGGUAGUUCGGAUAAGCGGUAGAAAAUGAAUGAAUGAAUGAAUGUUUAUUAUAUAUGUUUUUUUUUGUAUCUCAAGCUUAAAUCAAUACUCUGUAUAAACUCGUGUUAAGUUCAGAAUGCUGUACAUUAAAAUUCGUCU